AUGGCGGAUAGCAGCAACAAGAAUAACGUUGACAUCCACCGCCACCUGCACCGCACCAACCCCACCAAGGGUGGCUGGCAUGCUGCUAUCUUCAUCAUUUUUGUGGAAGUGGCAGAGCGAUUUGCAUACAUAGGCUUGGCGGGAAAUUUGAUCACAUACCUCACAAAUGUGCUUCACGAACCCAUCACAGAAGCCGUGAAGAACGUCAACACUUGGGUUGGUGUUUCUUCUCUAUUCCCUUUGCUGGGUGGCUUUGUGGCCGAUUCUUAUCUUGGUAGAUUCAAGACCAUCAUUCUGUCCUCUCUCAUUUAUCUCUUGGGCAUGAUUUUCUUGACACUAUCAGUCUCUGUAGUGAAGCAAAAGAAGCUAUUUUUCAUAGCUCUUUAUGUGCUGUCCAUCGGUGACGGAGGACACAAGCCGUGCGUUCAAACAUUCGCCGCCGAUCAGUUUGAUGAGAACACGGCAGAGGAGAGAGAUGCCAAAAGCUCAUUCUUCAAUUGGUGGUAUUUGGGCAUUGUAUUUGGCUCAACUUCUGCAGCGUUCCUUAUAGUAUAUUUGCAGGACAACGUUGGAUGGGCUGUGGGGCUUGGAGUACUAACAGGGGUGUUGGCAAUAGCAUUGGCAAUGUUCUUGCUUGGAAUCAAAAGGUAUAGAAAGGAAAGCCCAAAAGGGAGCCCAUUCACCAGUAUUGCCCAAGUUUUUGUGGCUGCAUUUCGUAAGUGGCACAUGAAGGUCACACCUAACCAAGAGAAUUAUUGGCAUGACCAUGAUCAUGGUGGCUCCCUUCAAGGAAAAUUUUGUACUUUGGUCCACACUGAUAAAUACAGAUUUUUGGACAAAGCAAUGAUCAUUGAUGAACGCGAUGCUUCAAGCCAAACCAAAGACCCUUGGAGACUAUGCACGUUGACUCAAGUUGAAGAAGUGAAGCUUCUCGUUCGUCUCAUCCCUAUAUGGCUAAGUUGCUUAAUGUUCACCGUAGUCCAAAGUCAACUAGGCACAUUUUUCACCAAACAAGGUAGCACAAUGAAUCGUUCAAUAGGACCACACUUUCAAAUUCCUCCAGCAUCACUUCAAGGCAUUGUUGGAAUCAUAAUCCUUUGUGCUGUUCCAAUCUAUGACAAAGUUUUCGUCCCAAUUCUUAGAAAGAUAACUGGGCUUCACUCUGGCAUAACAGUGUUGCAAAGGAUUGGAAUUGGUUUAAUUUUGUCCAUACUGGACAUGGUUGUUUCAGCACUUGUGGAAGCCAAAAGGGUUCAUGUUGCUACAAAGCAUAAUCUCUUAAACAAUCCCCAAGCAGUUUUACCAAUGAGUAUUUGGUGGCUACUACCUCAAUACACUAUUCUUGGAAUUGCUGAUGCAUUCACGAUUGUUGGACUCCAAGAAUUGUUCUAUGAUCAAAUGCCAGAGACAAUGAGAAGCUUGGGAGCUGCAGCAUAUAUAAGCAUAGUUGGAGUUGGAAGUUUUGUUAGCAAUGGUGUUAUAAUUGUUGUGGUCGCAAUUACCUCAAGAGCUGGUGGAAAAUGGUUGGGAAACAAUAUCAAUAGGGCACACCUUGAUUAUUUUUAUUGGGUGCUGGCUGGGUUAAGUGCUCUAAAUCUAUGUGUUUAUUUGUUGAUCGCCAAAGGUUUUGUGUACAAAAAACUGCAUGUGACUGAAACAAGAAAAGCAGAUGCAUGA